GAGUGUAGGCUAGGGGGGGGUUGGCGGUGCCGUGUCAUGGAGGCUCAGUCUCGCAGCAGCCAUUGAAGGGGAAGGAACUGCGGGCGCGCGCGUGUCUCUCUCCCUCACUCUCUCUGUGUGAAAGUGUGUGCGUGCCCGAGUGUGCGCGCGCGGGUGUGUGGACUCGGAGGUGGGGGCAGCCGAGUUAGUCCCAAGUCGUCGGACUCCAUUUGCUAUUCUUUUCUUUCUCUCCCACACCCGUGUGGUAGUGGGCGUUCGUCUUUGCGUCUCUUUUCAUUCAUCUCCAGACCUUUAGAGGUUUUUUAGGGUUGGGGAUAGUGGGGAGGGCAGGCGAGGGGAAAGGAGGAGGACAUGGAGAUGAAGAAGAAGAUUAACAUGGAGUUGAAGAACAGAGCCCCGGAGGAGGUGACAGAGUUAGUCCUUGAUAAUUGCUUGUGUGUCAAUGGGGAAAUCGAAGGCCUGAAUGACACCUUUAAGGAACUGGAGUUUCUUAGCAUGGCCAACGUGGAGUUGAGUUCCUUGGCCCGGCUUCCCAGCUUGAAUAAACUCCGGAAGUUGGAACUUAGUGACAAUAUAAUUUCUGGAGGCUUGGAAGUCCUGGCAGAGAAAUGUCCAAAUCUUACCUACCUCAAUCUGAGUGGAAACAAAAUUAAAGAUCUCAGUACAGUAGAAGCGCUGCAAAAUCUUAAAAAUUUGAAAAGUCUUGACUUGUUUAACUGUGAGAUCACAAACCUGGAAGAUUAUAGAGAAAGUAUUUUUGAACUGCUGCAACAGAUCACCUACCUGGACGGAUUCGACCAGGAGGACAAUGAAGCUCCCGACUCGGAGGAGGAGGAGGACGACGACGAGGAUGGAGAUGAAGAUGAGGAAGACGAGGACGAAGAUGAAGCCGGUCCACCGGAAGGAUAUGAAGAGGAGGAAGAUGAGGAUGAGGAUGAAGCUGGCUCAGAAGUGGGAGAGGGAGAAGAGGAGGUGGGCCUCUCAUACUUAAUGAAAGACGAAAUUCAGGAUGAAGAGGACGAUGAUGACUAUGUUGAUGAAGGGGAGGAAGAAGAAGAAGAGGAGGAAGAGGGUCUUCGGGGAGAGAAGAGAAAGCGAGAUGCUGAGGAUGAUGGGGAGGAAGACGACGAUUAGACCUCCAGGACCAGGCCACCUGACACUCCUGGGCGCUGGAGAGCGAUCACAUUGUCUUUGUUUCUUUCUGUAUGAUAGCUGUCCCAGUAGGAGACGAUGUGUAACUUUUUAUAGGAAAAGUGUGGUUUUACUAUUUUGGCCUUACCAUUCCGGUUAAGAUUUGCUAGUCUCUUAAUCAUAAUGUUCUUAGAAAUGAAUUCUCAUUCAUCUUCCCAUAGUGAAAUUCUCUAGCAUUGUAUUUAGAUUCUGGAUUUUUAUAAUUCAUGCUUAAUGUAUUAGACAUUUUUAGCCCAUAAUUAAAACAUUGUUGCUUUUACACAGGUGUAGUUUGGUGCAUUUCAUUCAUAAUGUUUUAAAGUUAUUUAUAAAUUAACCAAUUACACUCAGCUGUAAUAUGAAAUGGCAGUAGUCUUUUGAAUGAUAAAGCUGGUUUUUGUUUUUGGUUGAUUUAGAGACGAUCUGGCUGUCAUUAGCUUGAAGGCAUUUUGGGGGGUUGGGUAAGGAUAUCUGAAGGCUUUCCUAUCAUGGUUUGGAAAGUAGAAGCAGAGUGAGAGGGUUCUCUCAGAGGCAGGUCAUGGACUGCUCAGUGACACAGUUCAGGGCCCUUUAGGAGCCUGUCCCUUUCUAAGGCCAGACUUGCAGUGGAGCGGUCUCUGUGGGUGGCCGUGCCAGCAGGCUGUCGGGUCAGCUGUGUGUCCCCUCCCAGCUGCUCCAGAAGUUUCUGUCACCUUCAUUGCUUCGUUCCUGUUCCCAUCCAGAAGAAAGCUGGCAAAAGCUGUAAUACCCCAGAGACUUCAUCUGCACCUCAGCCAUCUGUCUCGGUUUCAAACAAGUGGCGUGGAAGAGAUGGAGCAUUCAAGUUGCAGUACCGAGGGCUUCAUGUCGGAGGCAGGCUUUGCUGACGACAUGAGUCUGUGUUAGGAUAAAGCAGCUACAUCCUCUGGCAGAGGUCCGACUGAUUGCCAUGGAGAACUAAUAACACGUUCAGGGCUAGUUUCUAAGUUUUCCUGGUGAUUUGGAUACCAACGCUGUGAAGUAUUUAUUAUGUUUCUGAGAGCAACCUUUAAUUCUUCCUGUAGUUUUGAAAGCGUGAUCAGUUGUAGCCUUUGAUUGGAAUAUAGUGGCCAUAGGAGACUGUUUGAAAAUCAAUCUUGAAGUGUUGGUAUUUAUUUCAAGUGAAUGUCUGAAAAAUAGAAACAACAUUUAGGGUACGGGUAUGUGUUUUCUCGUGGCUUCUAAACAAACAUGAGCAGACAGGUCUCCCUCCAUCCCUUUGUCCCGGAAGCUCCAUGCUCAAGGGGUUGCCAGGUUUGUUUUCCUUUUGUUCUAUAUACUUCAGGUGGGUUUUUGUUUUGUUUUGUCUUUUUCUUUUUUUUUUUUAAACCUAGCAUCAGCAUAAGUAUUUUGCCUCUCUUCUGGGACACAUCGAAAUUGCAACAGUGGGGCUGCUGCUCUUUCAACUUCAGAUGUCUGACCUGGUUUUUUAACAUAACAAGUAUGAACUUAUUUGUAGAGAAGCUAAUAAAAGUUGCAUGCCCGACUGAGAUAAAUGUGUACUGAGUUCAGCGCAAGUGUAGGGAUCGCCAAAGGACUGGCUUUGUCUCCUUGUUUCAGUAAUUGGAACUCCUGCUGUCAGUCUCUAAAGAAUUCUCUUUGCAAACUAUGCCAGGUUCAAAAUAAAUGCUUAUUUUUAAAAAUGAAAUCUAUAUAUUGACUUUUUAUCAAUCAUCUAUUGUGCAAUCAAAAUUAGAGUUCUUGAGUUUAAAAACAACGCAUAGGGCCUCCAGAUAACUAUUAAGACUUAUUUAGCUUUGUGGGUGGUAUUUUCAUGCAAAUAAGCAAGGGUGGGUUUUCUAUUCUGUAGAAGUUCUGGGUUCUGUUCUAACCCUCUCUGUACUGUGCGUGUGUAUACGAUAUGUGAAGUCCUUAGAGACUUUGAGGUUGAUACUUUUGUGCAACUGUGUUUUGAAUAACGCCAUCACAGUGUUAAACACAAGGACGGGCAGCGCUGAUCAUGGGGUUCUGACUAUUUUGGUUUUUUUCCCUUACUGCUGUAACUUAAGUUUUGAAACUGCAUUGCUUUGAAUAAAUUGAAGCAUUAUUAAUAA